CAAUCAUGAUUGUGUCUUCCACAGGAAAAGAAAAAUCGAAUAUAUUUUUUUUGUUCAAGUGAUUUUUGUGCAUUGAAAAAAUGGCGAAAACGGUAAUGAUCACUGGCAGCUCCCGUGGAAUCGGACUCGCGCUCGUCAAGGAAUGUCUUUCAUCUGGACUUCAGGUUAUUGCCACGUGCAGGAAUCCAAGUGCAGCUACCGAGCUUGCUGAUUUACUGAAAUCGAAGAAUCAGGCCCCUGCGAUAAAAUUGGACGUUGAAGAUCGUGCGAGUAUUAAGGAUGCUUUUGCUGAAGCCAAGAAAAUCUCUCCUACUCUGGAUAUCCUUAUCAAUAACGCGGGAGUAAUUGGACAGCUCCCAGGCCUUGCGCUCGAGACCACCCCGGAAGACAUGCUUUCCACCUACAAGACGAACGUUGUUGGCCCCAUGUUGGUGAACCAAGAAGCCAUUGGCCUUCUUCGCGACGACAAAUCCAAUCCAUCCAUUGUGGUCAACAUGACGACAGCCAUGGCAUCUAUAGCCGAAAAUGGAUCCGGCAAAUUGACUGCGUAUCGCUGCUCAAAAGUCGCACUCAACAUGCUCAAUAUGAACUUUUCGCAAGAGAAACCCGGCGUGGUAUGGAUCGCUGUGCAUCCGGGUUGGGUCGACACUGACAUGGGAAGAUCCAGUGGAGCCCCUCCGCCAUUGAGUCCCCAGGAUUCUGCCUCGGGCAUUUUGAAAACGGUGUUGGGUUCGAAAUUGAGUGAUUCGGGCGCGUUCUUGCGAUACAACGGAGAGAAGAUCCCGUGGUAAAGAAGAAAGGAAAAAAAAUUAUUUCACUUUGCUUCUGUUUUGAUGCGCUGAACGAUGCUUUUUUUCUUCAAAGAGUUCCCCUUUUUGUCAUUCAAAAGGCUGUUUUUCUUUCGCGGUUCUGUUUUUGAAACUACGCGUGUAAGCACUAAAACAUUCGACCGGUAUAGAUUUUUUCUGACCAAAAAAACAAUGGAGCUGAUUAAUUUCUGAAAACGGUAUUCCAAAAAGUGCAUUGUCUAGUGAUGAAUAUAUAACCUCUUAUGUGUUUAUCGUUCAGUCCAGAAUCUUGACGCACUUCUUCGUAUUUGUCAUACAGUAUUACGUCAUCAUGAUGGUAUGAGGCUUUCAAGUUGAUUAUAAUCGAAACAUUUGAAUUGUUCGGAGUUCUUUUUUCAUGCUGGUGACACAAUUUAAAUUCUUCGAAAAACAUAUGCGAAAAUGUUAUUUUCUAUUGACUUUAUUCGAGCAACUUCAUUAUCUGUUGAAUUUUUAUCCGUAUUUAGUCAUGUGUGCGUUAUUUUUUUUAUUCAGAAUCUUCGGCUACUACAUCAUUUACUUGCCUCUUGAAGUGGUACGAUUUCCUUUUUAAAAUUCCUUCAAUGUUUUCGGCUGUUCACUAGCUUUUCUCGUUGAUUGGGGAAUACGUUGAACCUCUGAAGAAAAUAUUAAAGUAUGAAAUUAUUACGUAAUAAUCUGAGAAAUCCAUAUUCUAGAGCCUGAGCAAUUAAUUUGUGGAUUAUUUUGAUUUUUGGAUCCUAGUGUACAGUAUUUUAUUUUCUUGUUAUUGCAUUUCAAUGCCUCGUGUACGAACGGAAUAUGAUCAUCUUUUCGGCGUUCCGUUGCAAAGAAAAAUCUGAACCUUUAAAAAAAAUUUAGCCUCGUUUACUGGCGAAUUAUUGGAAUUCAAAGGACAAAAACAUGCGUUAAAUGUUAUUUUUCAUGUAUUCUGUAAAAUGUAUUCUCGUAGAUUUAAUCUGAACUGUCCGUCUGUGCGUCUGAUGGGCGGGGAACUUUUCUGCUUCGAUCGUAUUACCUUGUCUCGUGAUCGGAUGGGAUGAUUUUAUUUUUCUCCGCGACGUUUUCAACUAUUGCGUGGUUAAUGGAUCAGUUGAAGCUUUCGCGGGCUUUGAGGGUUUGUGAGAAGGGAGAAGAAAAAGAAACUGUGAGGUGCGUGCUGUCGGUCACGUCAACGGCUUAAAAAGGUUUAUUCCUGUGAAGCGCGUCGUAUGAGAAAGGCGUGAAACGAGUUCCUGUGGAUUA